AUGAUGGCGGUCCAGAGAGGCUACACCAUCCUCAUCGUCCCGUUGGGCACGGCCCUCAGCAGCCUGGAGGCCCUGCGCUUCUUCUUCUGGGUGAGUCUCUCUGCGGCUCAGGUAGCUGGGACCACGAUGGCACACACAAAUAUCCACACCCCUUUGUUCUGGCCUCCCUUAGACCUUUCCUCCUCCCAGACAUCCAAUGUUUUGAAGUUCUAAAAAGGAAUUAGUAGAACCCUAGAAAUGAGGAAACGCCUUGUUCCUCAUCCCUUGAGAGAGCCUGGAAGGUGUUCUGUGGGUAGCAGGGUCUUCUCCACGGUGGCACCUUGCCUUUUGGGAUUCCUCCCACUAGAAACUCCAUCGACAUGCAUCUCAGGUUAUUCUCGUGUUAAUUCUUUUGGUAUUGCAUUGGACGUGCAGUUUAGCAGCCAAUUUUGUCGAAGGGGCUGUAUUCUUGUCGCAAACCGAUGUUUUGAUACGGGGUGCUGUUUUCAUUGCGGUUUGGAGGUUUGGGGCAUCUCAUAGAACCAUAGAAUUGGAAGGAGCCCUGAGGAUCAUCUAGUCCAACCCCCUGAAUGCAGGAAUACGCAGCUGUCCCUUACGGGGAUCGAACCUGCAACCCUGGCGUUAUCGGCACCACGCUCUAACCAACUGAGCUGUCUCACUUUCUGAGCUGCGUGGAGAACUGGCUUUGAAGUGUGGUUUUACGCUACAUACAAUGUUUAUGUCAAAAUGCCACUUCUGCAUAUCAAAGUGAUUGAGCGGGCAUAUAUGGAGUAAGGCGAUCCAGUAGGUAAACUGCUCCCAAGUUGUUAAGGGCUUUACAGACUAAUAGGAACACCUUGGAAUUGGCCUGGUAGCAAAUCAGCAACCAGUUCAGAUUUCCUAGCACAGGUGUUAUGUGCUGCUUUUCUGGGUGCCCUGGGGGCACCGGUUGGCAAUGGGCUCCUGCCCUCCUGCUGCUGCUUUGGCAGGUGCCCUUUCCGGGGAGCUCAGAAGGGUGUCGCUUUGCCCAUUCCCGCCUCCUCUGCUGCCUUGCAUCAUCUGAGGCCCUUCUUCGUGUGCCUCCUCCACAUGAGGUCCUGAGGGUGGCCACACAAGAACGGGGCCUUUUCUGUGGUGGCUCCUUGUUUGUGGAACGCUCUCCGCAGGGAGAUUCAUCUGCCUCCUUCACUAUAAAAUUUUUAAGCACCCUGCAAAAACGUUCCUCUUCAAUCAGGUCUGAUUAGCAUUUUAAAAAGGUAAAGGGACCCCUGACCAUUAGGUCCAGUCGUGACCAACUCUGGGGUUGCGGCGCUCAUCUCGCUUUAUUGGCCGAGGGAGCUGGCACAUAGCUUCUGGGUCAUGUGGCCAGCAUGACUAAGCCGCUUCUGGCGGAACAGAGCAGUGCACGGAAAUGCCGUUUACCUUCCCGCCGGAGCGCUACCUAUUUAUCUACUUGCACUUUGACGUGUUUUCGAACUGCUAGGUUGGCAGGAGCAGGGACCGAGCAACGGGAGCUCACCCCGUUGCAGGGAUUCGAACCGCCGACCUUCUGAUCAGCAAGUCCUAGGCUCUGUGGUUUAACCCACAGCGCCACCCGCGUCCAAAGGGUGAUAUAUAAAUCUAAUAAAUGAUGAUGAUGAUGAUGAUGAUGAUGAUCAUCAUCAUCAUCAUCUUUGGUGCCUAGGACUGAACUUGAGGCCUUCUGCGUCCAAAGCAUGGGUUCUACACCCUUUGAGCUACACCUCUUUGCUACUUUGUGCGGAAAUGUUGACAUCCCUCUUUGCAAGGUCCCUUCUCCCUUAGAUGGAGAUCUCCUGAGCAUUGCAAAGUCGUUCUGUGCUGCUGAAUCAAAGAAACCCACCCACCCCGCAACUCACAAGCUAGAAUCUUGACUUUGCCCCCUGUCUUGCAGCUGAAGCGAAUGCAGGAGCUGGAACGGGAACGGGAUGCCUUGCUGCAAGGGCUGGAGAUGGUUGAGCGGGUGCGCGACUGGUUUCAGCGCCACCUCCUGGAGGCUCAGAGGCGUCAGAAGCACAUGGGAACGGAGGCAGUAAGUACCAGGCAGGGAAAAGCAGAUACCACCCUUAGGUGGUAUCUAAAGGUGCUAAGGGUGGUCUGGCUAUUUUGGCACCUGGGGCAGAAAAUCCCACAAGCACAUCUUGCUUCCCAGGGCAGUAAAGCUGCAAUAAAAAUAGAAUAGCUAACAAUUGGCAGCCCUUUCAUGAGACCCAAAAUCAGGUGCCUGAGGCAUCUGCCUCACUCUGCUCAAGGUAAGGGCCGGCCUUGUGUGAUGAUGGAGUAUUUGUGGCGCGGCAUUCAGUAGGCUGAGAUACACAUGAGGUUCUGUGGAUUUUACAUGUCCCCUUUUCAAAGCACGUAUGUUUAAUUUGACAACUGUCACACAUUUAGGGAGCUCCCCAGCUCGGAAUAAAAGGUAGCAGGGAUUAGGAGACUAGUAAGAGCCAAAGGUCACUUUCAGUGUGAAAUCUUUGAACUGGUUCACACAACACACUGAGCCAAAUCUUGGUUUAGCAAGACCCUCGUUGACGCUGCCACACUAAGCCAAGCCAAGGCGGUUAUUUCAGUUAAAGGUAGAGGGAGCCCUGACCAUUAGGUCCAGUCAUGGCUGACUCUGGGGUUGCGGCGCUCAUCUCACUUUAUUGGCUGAGGGAGCCAGCGUACAGCUUCCGGGUCAUGUGGCCAGCAUGACUAAGUCGCUUCUGGCGAACCAGAGCAGCGCACGGAAACGCCAUUUACCCUCCCGCCGGAGCGGUACCUGUUUAUCUACUUGCACUUUGACGUGCUUUCAAACUGCUAGGUUGGCAGGAGCAGGGACCGAGCAACAGGAGCUCACCCUGUCACGUGAUUCAAACCGCCAACCUUCUGAUCGGUAAGCCCUAGACUCUGUGGUUUAACCCACAGUGCCACCUGCGUCCACAUACACAUUUUCACACAUGGGCUAAGAGGUCGUAUAUUAAUUGCAAACAUCCUCAUACCUUUUUUCUAUUUACCUUUUUUUGAAAAACAACAACUCUUUGAAUUGCAAUCUUCGGGAUACAAUUUGUAUACUGAGUUUUGUUUUGCUUUUCCCUGCUCACUGUUGUUCUUGCACAACCGCAGAGCUAUUUCCCAGACCCUUACUCCAACCAGAGCUGCCUGCUGCUGGCCAAGAUCCAGGAGGUGAACCUGUGCUUGAAAAACCUGCUGGCCUCUCCUGGAAAGGUCAGUGGGGGCGGAGGGGGAGGGGAGGGCCUGGGGUUGGGGCAGUUCUGCCCUGGGGGGAUGCUGAAAAAGCUACUGCCUUGGGAGGGAGGAUCGUUCACGUUUCCAGUACAAGGGGGUGGAAGGCGAAACAGACAGAUCUCACCUGUCAGGUGCAAGUUCACCUGAAGAGGCUCUACAGAAGUGAGCAGGAACCGGCUGAAUACAUGUCCUUCUCAUUUCCAUGGGCUUUGCAUUUGGUAGCUUCCCAGAAGGCUGUAUCCAAAUGUUAAGCACUGGGAGGAGGGGUUGUCUCCCUUGGUCAGCAAAAUGUGCGCUAAAAUAGAAAAAUAAGGACGUGGUCCAUGUUGGAAUAAGACUGUUUCGGAUGGAUGGCACAUCUCGAGACACCUUUGACUCCUUUUUUACCUUGCUUGGUCAGGGCACAUGCCUCUAAACACAUCUGCACAGCGUCCGCCUGUGAUCAGAGAAUAAGCACUCUCAUUUCGUUUCGUUUCAUUUCAUUUCUACCCCGCCCAUCUGGCCAGGCCGCCCCAGCCACUCUGGACAGCUCCCAGCAGAAUAUUCAAAACACAAGAAAAGAUCAGCCAUUAAAAACUUCCCUAAACACGGCUGCCUUCAGAUGUCUUCUAAAAGUCAGAUAGUUGUUUAUUUCCUUGACAUCUGGUGGGAGGGCGUUCCACAGGGCAGGUGCCACCACUGAGAAGGCCCUCUGCCUGGUUCCCUGUAACCUCGCUUCUCACAAUGAGGGAACCACCAGAAGGCCCUCGGCGCUGGACCUCAGUGUCCGGGCUGAACGAUGGGAGUGGAGAUGCUCCUUCAGGUAUACUGGGCCGAGGCUGUUUAGGGCUUUAAAGGUCAGCACCAACACUUUGAAUUGUGCUCGGAAACGUACUGGGAGCCAAUGUAGGCCUUUCAGGACCAGUGUUAUGUGGUCUCAGCAGCUGCUCCCAGUCACCAGUGUGGGUGCCACAUUCUGGAUUAGUUGUAGUUUCCGGGUCACCUUCAAAGGUAGCCCCACAUAGAGUGCAUUGCAGUAGUCCAAGCAGGAGAUAACCAGAGCAUGCAUCACUCUGGUGAGACAGUCUGUGGGCAGGUAGGGUCUCAGCCUGCGUACCAGAUGGAGCUGAUAAACAGCUGCCCUGGACACAGAAUUGACCUGCACCUCCAUGGACAGCUGUGAGUCCAAAAUGACUCUGAGGCUGCACACCUGGUCCUUUCUGUUUGAGUCAGUGUCUCAUAGGAGCAGCCUCUGCCAGAGUUGACCCCAGGGUCUCCAAGGGGAGAGGGUCAGGCUUCCUUGCCUGGGGGAAAUGAACUCAAAUGGUGACUCCAAAUGGGUAGAGAAUUGGAUCUGGCUGUCGGGCUGAAUCCUUACCUAUUCCACCUCACAGGUAGGUGGGCGGGGUCAUUUGCCAUCAUGCAGAUGACAUCAGGUGACCUGUUUUUAGUUCUGACAGUCAGCUGAUCCUCAUGGCUUCUGUACACAGCACUGUAAAAGCCUCGACAAUCAGCUGGUUGUUGGCACUUGCGUCUAGUUUUGAGAGGAAACAAUUGCGCAGUUUCAGCUCUGUGCAAGUAAGGAUCUUGUAUGUAUGCACCAUUUAUUUUUUUUAUUUUUUUAAAUCAUAUUUAUUAAAGUUUCCAAAAAUAUAAAAAUACAAAGAAAAAAAAGAAAAAGAAAAAAAGAUAUUUAAAAACCUUACUUUCAUUGCCUACUUUCUGGGACUCCCCUCCCCCGACUGUAUUCCCCUUUCCUUAAUUUAGUUCUACAAGCUCUCACUCCCAAUUUAAAGCUUAAUUUGUUUAACCCACUAUCCAAAUUGAAUUGUACAAAUCUUACCACCGUCCCACAUCAUUAACAAGAAAAGAAAAAAGAUUUUCCCCAAGAUCCACCCCAGUUCCUUCCACGAAUUCCAUAUAUUUAAACACGUCCAAUCAAAAUAAAAUGACAUGCGUAAGUUAUGUAAAAAAAUAAAAAAUAAAAGAUAUAGAAAAAUUCAAAAGAUGGUUACACAGCCUUUGGAUUUCAAAUCUCCCCCCCCCCUUCCCCGGUUUGAAUUCCCCAUAUCCAUCAGUCUGUGCAUUAUCAGCUUGGAAGUCUCAAUUCAUGACCAAAUUUCUCCUCGAUUCCAUCUUGCCGGUUUUCUUUUAAUUUAUUAAUAAUAUGUAACUUCAAGUGUCCAAUCUAACAAAGGCCUUUAAUUUCCUUGAUCUUUACCACUCCUCCCGUUGUUCUUUCCGUGUCGUAAUCAGUCCUUUGUUCUUCUUUUCCUCACUUUCUCAGGUUUCUUGUCCUGUUCAGCUGCUAAAACUUUCUAAUUCAGAAAUCUGAUAUCUCUGCAGAGGUUUGUUAUUCAGGAACCAAAACUUACGUCCAGUCCCUUCCUUUCUUCAAUAGAAAAUUCUAUUGUCUCCUUUAAUGUAAAUACCUCUGUAGACAAAAUACUAUUUCAGUUUUGCAGCUUUCCCAAAAGAUAACAAGUCCUGUGCGAAUCCCAGAGUAUUUUUCCACUUACGACCGUUCUUGUAAUAUCCCGAAACCCCUCUAGGGGAUUGUAAUAACUUUGCAUCCUCUAAUCCAAAAGUCAAAUUGUUGCUUAUUUUCCAACAGUUUAUAUCCAUAUUGUAGCAAAUUGUAGCAAAAUUAACCGGCAAAGUCCUCAUAACAAAGUCCUCUUUAUAUUCUCCAACUUUGACAGCCACUUUGACAGCUGUCAAAGUCUCCGUCUCUCUUCACCAGGCUCCACGAAUCGCCCCGGUUCCCAGGGGGGGGGGGUUGCAUUUUUCUUCUCACCCUCCACUCUUCUCCUCCAGCACAGUUCUUAUAAUUUCCCAUCGUGAAAUUAAUGGUUUUUAUCAAGAAUAUACUUCCCUUUGGACCUUGGUUACCCAGUCCUUGUUUUGGAAUGCUUACAAUAGGGGGAUUGACUUCCUUUUAAAUCGCCCCGCUCGUGCCAAAUCCGAAAUUUUGAACCCGGUUUCCCAAUUACUCACGGGUUGUUGUUAAUAGUCCAAAUUUUCAAUGGAAGAAGUCAGCGCUCUCCGUCGAAUGGCAUGCGGCUGCGCUCGGCAGGGAAAGCAGAAGACUCAAGCACCACGCCGCUCCCCGGCACUCCGAUCCAAGCCUUUAAAAAGGCUCCUUCACGAGUCGGGAGGGCGCUAAUGGUGCAAGCCGAGUCACCCAUGUCCACGGACUCCGUGCCCGUGGUUUUUAAGGGUCCCCGCGUCGCCGGCGCGGUAGGACCCAGCCCCUGCCGAGCAGACUCCCUCCGGAGCUCGGAGGGAGUCCGCCAUUCGGCGAUGGCGCCAACCCGGAAGUCCCAUUUAUUAAUUUACGGUGUUUAUAUACUGCUUUUUGGGCUGCUGUUCCUGUGUCCCUUUGCUCUUACCACGCCCUCGCCAUACCUGAGCAGGCCCCAACUCUCGCCUCUUGCCAAGUCUAUCUUGUCUGCUUCUUGGAUAUUGAGAGGCCCCUUUGCAACACAGGAGUGCUGGAUUAAAAAAUUGGGUGGUAUGGUAUGGAAGGAAGUUGCACUCAGAUAGUUACGCGGGUUUUCCUUCUCCUCUAGCCUGAAGUCCCACCUCCUGGUUUUGGGGGGCCCCUUUAUCCACCAGGAAAGAAGGAGUUUCAGCAGCAAGCUGUCACAGUCCUCAAGGAACAGAACCACCUGCUGAUCAAGGUAAGGGACAAAUCCACAAAAAGCCAAGAUACACAAAGACAGAGUGGUGGAACUGAGUGGGACGACACCCACAGGGGGUCCAAUGGUCAAGAAGGCAGUUUCUGCACAUGUUGUAGAGGGAAAUGAGGGGUAGAUGGGGCUCAUCAACUUGGGAAGGGAGCCCAUCUAGGAGAAGGAAAACUCUGGUCUUAAACCUCCUCUGCCUUACAGUUAUACGCAUUUGUGAGAAAAUACACAUUUGUGAGUAAACUCCAAGGAACAAUCUGUGCCCGCUACUUUGUGGGACAUCUUUGGGACAAGAAAGGGCUAAGGACAGGCAUAGGCAAACUCGGCCCUCCAGAUGUUUUGGGACUACAACUCCCAUCAUCCCAGACCACUGGUCCUGUGAGCUAGGGUGAUGGGAGUUGUAGUUCCAAACCAUCUGGAGGGCGAGUUUGCCUGGCUAAGGAGUAAAUCCUAAACAAAUCCAGAGCGGAAUCCCUAAGGUGGUUAGAUGGCGCCUUGUACACCUCCUUCCGGCAACUCCUGCAGCCCAGCUGGUGCCAAAUGUAUUGCUCUGCUUUCCUUUGGACCCCAUCAGCGAGGCCAAGAUGGGGGUCUUGUCAUCUGGGCAGCCCAGGACCUCCAUGCACACGGCCCAGGCUUGCACCCUGGAGAGGUUACGUACUUCGGUGCUGCUAAUGCAGCCGGUUGACUUCACCCCCCAGGGGCGCACUCCAUUGUCUCUCGAGACAGACAGAUGCCAACAAGUCAAGCAAUAGUGAAAGCCAGUGGCUGCUUCAGGACUCGCCCUUUUAGGAGGCAGACCAAGGCAACCUCCUGAGACACAGAUUUUGGACACAUUAAAAGGUGUCCACCUUGAUCCCCCAGAACUGAGUCCCUGUAUUCCCCUCUCAUUCAUGAAGUCCAGUGCAACAACAUAGCGGUUCUGUUCUUGAUAACGCUGCUUGUCUGCCUAACAAACAGUAUCGGUGUUUUGAUUUCUGGGAAUGAAGUUGAGAGAUGACCUAACCUGGGGAGAAAACAGCAAAGACCCGAUGAAGUGAGCACAGCAGAGGUUAUAUUUUCUGAGAAUCCUCCGGAAAAACAAUCUCUCAAAGGACCUUUUGAUGGCAUUUUACCAUUCUACUGUUGAGGGUGUAUUAACUUAUGGUCUGUGUGUGUGGUUUGGGAGCUGCAUAGCCAGGGGAAAAACAAUGCUGUCCAGGGUUGUAAAGACUGCAGAGAGAAUAAUUGGGUGCACUCUUCCCACCUUGGAUCAAAUCUACGCUUCCAGGUGCCAUAAGAAAGCUGCAGAGAUAGUGCAGGACAGUGCGCACCCUGGAAAUGAUCUCUUUCAGCUUCUACCUUCUGGAAGAAGGUACAGGGUUAUAAAGACUAGGACUAGCCGUCUGAGAAACAGUUUCUACCCAAAUGCAAUUCUGGUUUUAAACGCAGUAUAAGGAGUCUCUAUAGGAGUAUAUUAUAUUUUAAAAUGGGAUUUCAGAGUUUUUAGGGGUUUUUGAAUGUCUUAUGUAGAUUUACCAGCUAUACCAGCUGCACUGGCUCCCAGUGGAGUACAGGAUCAGGUUUAAGGUGCUGGUUUUAACCUUUAAAGCCCUAUACGGCUUAGGACCCUCGUACCUACGGGACCGCCUCUCCUGGUAUGUCCCACAGAGGAACUUACAGUCUUCAAAUAAAAACAUCCUGAAGGUCCCAGGCCACAGAGAGGUUAGGCUGGCCUCAACUAGAGCCAGGGCUUUUUCGGCUGCGGCUCCAAUCUGGUGGAACGCUCUGUCACAAGAGACUAGGGCCCUGCGGGACUUGACAUCUUUCCGCAGGGCCUGCAAGACAGAGCUGUUCCACCAGGCCUUUGGCCCAGGCGCAGCCUGACUCCCUCCUUUGGCAAUCUUUACAGAACUUAAGCUUAUGGUUGCCAUCAAUUUGAUUUUAAUUAAUUUUUAUAAUGAAAUGUUUUUAGAAUGUUGCACUAUUUUAUUGUUGUUAGCCGCCCUGAGCCCGGCUUUGGCUGGGGAGGGCAGGAUAUAAAUAAAUUAUUAUUAUUAUUAUUAUUAUUAUUAAAUUUCAUUGUUCUGUAUUGGACAACGACAAUAAAGAUAUCGUAUCGUAUACAGGAAGUGUCUGAGAAGAGCGACCGCAUUGCCCAGCUGGAACAAGAGAAAGCAGCUCUUUGCAAGCAGCUGAAAGAGACCCGCGGCUACAGACUACCCAGCCACAAGGAGUCCACCUUUAUCUGA